AUGGCACACCAAAGCGGAAUCAGCGUAUCGGACAACCUCUCAGCAGUCUUUCGCGAAGCGCUAUCCGGCGAGCAUACGCGCGCAAUCAAAGUGAGCAUAGCAAACGAGCGGCUCGAAGCCACAGCCACACAGGCAGUCCAAGGCACGUUUGAAGACGAUUUCGCACACCUCAGCCAGCUCCUCGACGCAACCUUGCCCAGCUACAUUCUUGUUUGUUUCGAUACCGAUGACUCGCUGAUAGCAAAAUGGCUGCUAUGCACGUAUGUCCCGGAUGCUGCGCCGGUGCGCGCAAAGAUGCUUUAUGCGUCGAGCAAGGCGUCGCUGACAAAGUGUCUGGGAGAAUCGUAUUUUUCGGACGAAGUAUUUGGCACUACUAUGGAGGAGUUCUCGGCGGACGGGUACCGCCAGCAUAGGAGGCAUGUGGAGUCGGGGGCGCCGUUGACGGAGCGCGAGGAGGAGAUGCAGCGCGUUCGUGAUAUCGAGAGCUCAGCGGCGGAGGUGCCCACAAUGGACACCCGCCGCAACCACGUAUCGGGAGCCACCAUUGCGCUCAGCAGCGACGCCGAGCAGGCACUAGCAGAGUACGCUGCGGGAUCAGUCAACCUUGUCACUUUGUCCUUUGAUAUUGAAAAUGAGCAGUUUGUGCUGGAUCGCUGCGAGUCGCUGCAGUCCCAUGAGGAGCUCACAAAGUGUCUGCCUGUUGACUCGCCGCGCUACGUGCUGUACUGGUAUGGUAGUUCCACCAGCUUGUUUGUGUACUCGUGUCCAACUACGAGUAGCAUUCGCGAGCGCAUGAUUUUUUCGUCGUUCAAGUAUGGCUUUUUGGUCACCAUUAAGGGGAUGGGUAUUGGUUUUGACGUUAAGCUAGAGAUUGAUAAUCCAACGGCAGAGCUGAGCGCCGAGGCGCUCGCUGAGGAGGUCGGCGCGAGGACUGCGGCGGUUGCUGCUAAUGCGCACGUCACGCAGCCAAAGUUCAAGCGCCCGGCACCUCCUGGCCGCCGGCCACGCACCAACAACAACAGUUGA